CCCGUUGCAAGCUUAAUUUGAUCAUUUCAGAUCUUUCCCCAUUCUCUAAACCUCCCAUUCCUUAAUCAACUUCUUCUCUCUUUUCUUCAUCUACAUAGAUCUCAUAAUUUGAUUGAAGAUAUGGGUUCAGAAACAUUUGUAGAGAUAAUAUUAGCAAUACUUUUACCACCAAUUGGUGUCUUCCUCCGUUAUGGCUGUGGAGUGGAAUUCUGGAUUUGUUUGUUGUUGACGAUAUUGGGAUACAUUCCUGGAAUUAUAUAUGCAAUCUAUGUAUUGGUAGGGUAGUGUUCUCUCUUUGGAAGGGAGGGACUGAAAUGAUCAUAGAUGUUGUUCUUAAUGUUGUUGUUGUUGUAGUGCUACUUUUUGUAUUAGAUCUAUAAAUAUGAAUGUAUCUAUCUUUGAUCAUUAUUAAGGUUUAAUAAUUUUGUGAGA